AUGGCGCCAAAGAAGAAAAAGAAGGUCGCGAGCAACCCGGCGCGUGGUUUUACUACGACUUCACAGCCCUCGAAGGCCAGGACUAUAGAUCCUGACCUUGAUGUUGGCGCGAAAGCUACCUCCCAGACCGGUGCCGAGACCAGCACACCGGCCAGCGAGAGUCAGCAUCCCAUCGCCGCACAGAAUGGGCAAGGAAGCUCGUCGUCGAUCCAGGACAUCGUCGCCAGAUUGGAAACCGAUAGGCGACAAAGUCAGGCACAGUCCUAUGCCAUGCAUCCAUCAGACUGGCUCAAUGAAGACUGCUUGGCAUGGUCUCUGGCUCAAUUCGACAACAGUCCUGUUUACCGCGAGCGUGAAGCAUCGGAAAGCAACGGUGACGAGAAACUUCUCCUUGAUCUGUGGAUUCUGCAUCGCGUUCUUGCUGCCCUCAAGUUUCCAGAUAUCGGGAAGGCGAUCGGUCAUGUGAUGGGUGCAUCGGUCUCUCAGUCGGUUGGAGCUAACUCGGGCCUAGCUUACGGGCUUGAGGAAGCACUUGAUUGGUAUGCUUUCAAUUACAAACAAGCAGAAUUACCUUACUUUCAAGACCAGAGACCUCAGCCACGCGUUGUAGAUGUCCGUGGCGGCUUCCGUCGGCACUCUGUGAGCAGAGACCGAUCUCCGGGUGUACCCAACUCGUCAGCAGGUCCAAGAUCUGCUGAUGAAGCUGGCUCUCCCCAAGCAGAUGCCAUCUCGAGCGAGGGAUCGUCUGGCUCGGACGAUGACGACGAUGAUCCAUCACACCUCACGGACAGGUGGCUCAGGCUCAAGAGCCGCCUGUGGACUAAAGAGAACGAAGGACACGUAGGCAAGGUCAAGCACAACAGGGCUGUUCAAAAAUUGACACAGAAGAUUGCACAGAUCGAGCGAGAUAUCCUGUUCGACAUUUACGUUGCAGAGCCACAGUGGACUCUUGUUAAGGUGGGUCUUCAGAGAGAAGCCGCCACUGCACGAGCAACAGCAAACGUUGGGACGGGUUCCAAGUCGGUAGAAUCCGGCGUCGCGAAUGGCACUGGUUCGCCGUCAGUGGAGGACGAUGACGUUCUCGGUGAUGAGCACGGCCUGGGAGCCAUAUUUGAGGACCAGCAACCAAUACCGUCAGAGCCCGUCGAGACUGGACAUGUCCAGGUCCGUGACAUGGGCAAGUAUGCGGGUUUGACCCCUCAAAACCUGUUGAAGCAGGUGGCACAGUCGAUCGAUGCAAAGUCAGUGAUCAAGUACACGAGUCUUCACCAGACGACGCAUUCUGUCCGGCAUCUGCAGAUCGAGAUGAGGACGAUAGCUACAACUUCCGCUACAUCAUCCGCAGACUUUGUGUCAGCUUUGACGCUAUUCCUGUUGUCAAGCCUUCCAGAGCAAGAUGAGAAAGCAUUGAAGCGUCUGCCGAGUCCUUGGCCAACUCUCUUCGCCGAGUUGAAAGGUAGCCGUACGAGAUUGAGCCAGCAAGAUGAGAAAGAUACGCUUCGCCAGAUCCGCGAGAUCAUCCAGUCUGUCAGAGACACCAACGACGAUAACUCACAGCCCACGUUGUCGCAACUGCCCCACAGACCUGCUGCGCCUGCUCCGCGUCGACGCGAACGACCUCCGUUGCAAUGCCUGAAUCCAGAAGAGGCUCGAGGAGCUUGGACUGCUAGAGCGUCACGAGUCGCCUUCAAGAAAAUGCUCGAAGUCCGUGCCCAGCUGCCGAUCUACCGUCACAAAGAGACCAUACUGGACACGAUCGCCAACAACCCAGUAGUCGUCGUCUGCGCCGAGACAGGAAGUGGUAAAUCAACGCAAGCUGGUAGCUAUAUCCUCGAGCAACAGCUGAUGGCUGGCAACGACUGUCAUAUUCUGGUCACUCAGCCGAGGCGCAUCUCUGCCAUUUCUCUGGCUCGUCGGGUCUCUCAGGAGAUCGGAGAAGGUCGAGGAGAUCUUGGUACCUUGCGCUCACUCGUUGGGUAUGCCAUUCGCCUCGAGAGCAAGACGAGCGAAGCAACGAGGUUGACCUUCGCAACGACGGGUGUCUUGCUACGCAUGCUCGAGACCUCGCCAACGCUUGAGCAGUUGGACUAUCUCAUUCUCGACGAGGUCCACGAGCGGAGCAUGGAGAUGGACCUUGCAUUCAUCGCAUUACGGCAGCUGCAGCGUCUGCGUCCGAGCCUCAAAAUCAUCCUCAUGUCUGCCACGGUGAACGCCAAACAAUUCUCUGACUAUUUUGGUGGCGCACCCGUUCUGGACAUCGAGGGUCGGACAUAUCCUGUAACAAUACAAUACUUGGAAGAUGCAUUAGAAUGUACUAACAAGAUCAUAAGCAUGGGCGGGGAUCGAUCAAAUCACGUCGAGGAGGAUAUCGAUACAGAUGAGCACGAGACUAAGAAAAGCACCGAUCGAGACUCCUUGAAGGGCUACAGCAUCCAGACCAUUCGACGUCUGGCCGAGAUAGACGAGUACAAGAUCAACUACGACCUCAUUGUCCGGCUGGCCGUCGCCAUUGCCACAGAAAAUGCUUUCAUCAAGUUCAGCAAGGCCAUCCUCGUAUUCAUGCCAGGUAUUGCGGAGAUCAGGCGCCUGAACAGCGCGCUGCUCUCGCAUCCGACCUUCGCACAGAAGUGGGACAUCCAUAUGUUGCAUUCGUCUUUCUCAACUGAGGACCUGGAAGGCGCAUUCGUCAUACCUCCACCAGGACGCAGAAAGAUUGUUAUCGCGACCAACAUUGCAGAGACUGGCAUUACCAUCCCAGAUGUGACGGCUGUGAUCGAUACCUGCAAAGAGAAGAUCAUGAGAUUCGAUGAGCGACGCCAGCUCAGUCGGCUGACAGAAGGCUUCAUUGCUAAAAGCAGCGCCAAGCAACGACGCGGUCGCGCUGCUCGUGUCCAGGAAGGUCUUUGUUUUCAUCUGGUCACGAAGCAUCGUCACGACAACCUGUUCCUCGAGCAGCAGGUCCCAGAAAUGCUGAGAUUGAGCUUACAGGACUCAAUAAUGCGGAUCAAGGUGUGGGACGCAGACGCUGCUAUUGAGGAGACAUUGGCAGCAGCUAUCGACCCUCCGUCAAGCAAGAACGUUCACAGAGCCAUCGAGAGGCUCAAGGAGGCUGGAGCGCUUGAUAGAUCCGAGCGUUUGACGCCUCUUGGGGAGAAGGUAUCAGGUCUGCCGUUGGACGUCUCGCUUGCGAAGCUGGCGAUUUUCGGCACCAUAUUCGGAUGCCUCGAGCCCGUGUUGACCAUCAUCUCGUUGAUGACAUCCAAGAGUAUAUUCUCGGCAAAAGGUGAUGGCAAAGCCGCUUUUCUCCGGAGCGGAUCGGACCAAUUGAGUGCUCUGAAUGCAUUCGAAAGCUGGCAGCGAGCUUCAGCGGCGGGGCAGGGUCCUCAAUUUGCUCGCAAGCACCAUCUGGUAAAUCUUCCAGAGAUCGACGAAGGCAAAAUCCAGCUCCUUGUGUACCUUGUUGACGGCGGUGUCGUGGAAUUGAAUGAGGAGGAGAAGAGAAUGCUCAGCAACGCCCGAUCCAACAAUAGGCACCGCACGUCCUACUCCAUCCCAGACCGGUACAACACCAGCGUAAGCGACGAUCUGCUUCUCUCCCUGCUCGCAACAUCCCUCUAUCCCCGCGUUCUGGUCAGUGAAGGCAAAGGCUAUCGCAAUUGUUUCUCAAAUCAACAAGCUACACCAGCAAGCGGAUCUGUCAUUCGGGCAAUGCCAAAACCUCCUCAAUGGUUAUCCUUCUCAGAAGCCAUGAGAUUGAAGGCCGGAAACACAAUCGCGAUCCAGGAGGCGUCACGUAUCCCAGAAAUGGCACUGUCGUUGUUCUUGGGCUCCGACGUUGACAUCAAUCUGUUCAGUGGAGCUAUCGUCAUCGAUGGCCGCAUCCGCCUAUCUGUGGCUGACUGGAAGCAUUUACUUGCAAUCAAGAUUCUUCGGAAACAGCUUCGAGGCCUCCUGAGUCGACGUUAUCGAUCUGUAAGCCAAUCAAGCCCAGAAGAUGAAAACCUCAUCAAAAGACUAAGCAGCGCUGGAGUUUCGUCGAUGCAAGGACAUCAGGGGUGA